AGCCCAAUUCAGCUGAGUCCUAGUCCUACACAGCUGCCACUUCCCAAACUCUCUCUCUUCCUCUUAUCUCCAACUCUUAAAAGUCCCUCUCUAAAUCUAAAAUCUCACUCCAUAUCCAACAUGGCUUCUCCAUCUCCCACCACCCCCUUCAUCCGAACCCUACCCAAACCCAUCUCCAAAAUCACAUAAAAAUCACAUUUUUCCAUUACUUUCACUCCAAAAAUCUCACCUUUAUAACUUUUUUGUUGGUUGGUGGGUUUUUGUGUGCGUGUGUGUGUGUCUUCAAUGGCUUCAACACCACCGCAGUGUUCAAUCACAGGGACCAAGCCUUACCAAAAUCACCAGUACCAACAAACCCACCACAAAAACCAAAGCCAAACCCAUCCCCAAAAUCGCCGCUACUGGACCAAUACCAAAGUCUCUCUCUCAAACCCUUCACCUUUGCCUUUACCCUCACAUCGCAAUGCACCAAAUCCCUGUGCUGCCGCCACCACCACCACCCAAAACCCCAGCUUUCACUCUCUCUGUACCCCAAAGUCCGAGCUUUCAGCCGACUUCUCGGGCCGCCGAUCGACCCGGUUCGUUUCCAAGCUUCACUUGGGUCGGCCCAAAGCCUCAUUGGGCUUUCGCCACUCCCCUCUAGCCCAGGAAGCUCUGCUACACUUGAUCCAAUUAGGUAAGCAUGAUGUUAAAGGUAUUGAGAAUGUGUUGCUUAAUUUUGAGUCAAAGCUUUGUGGUUCAGAUGAUUAUAAUUACUUGCUUAGAGAGUUAGGCAAUAGAGGGGAGUGUUCCAAAGCUAUUCGUUGUUUCGAAUUCGCUGUGAAAAGAGAGAGGAGGAAGAAUGAGCAAGGGAAAUUAGCUAGCUCUAUGAUUAGUAUUCUUGGUAGGCUAGGAAGGGUUGAACUUGCUAGAGAGGUUUUCGAGACGGCGAGGAAUGACGGGUAUGGGAACACUGUUUACGCCUAUUCGGCUUUGAUUAGUGCGUAUGGGCGAAGUGGGUAUUGCGAUGAGGCUAUAAACGUUUUCGAGUCCAUGAAAAGUGUGGGUUUGUUUCCGAAUUUGGUUACCUAUAAUGCUGUGAUCGAUGCGUGUGGGAAAGGGGGCGUGGAGUUUAAGAGGGUUGUGGAGAUUUUUGAUGACAUGUUGGGAAAUGGGGUGCAACCUGAUCGGAUUACGUAUAAUUCGCUUCUUGCAGUUUGUAGUAGAGGGGGGUUGUGGGAGGCAGCUCGGAAUUUGUUUACUGAGAUGGUGGAUAGAGGGAUUGAUCAGGAUAUAUUUACUUAUAAUACUCUUUUGGAUGCAGUUUGUAAAGGUGGGCAGAUGGAUUUGGCGUAUGAGAUUAUGUUGGAGAUGCCUAUAAAGAACAUUUUGCCAAAUGUGGUGACUUAUAGUACUAUGGUUGAUGGGCAUGCUAAGGCUGGUAGAUUGGAAGAGGCAUUGGGUUUAUUUAAUGAAAUGAAGUUUUUAGCAAUUAGUUUGGACAGGGUUUCAUAUAAUACUUUGCUUUCGAUUUAUGCAAAGCUUGGUAGGUUUGAGGAGGCUUUGAAUGUUUGCAGGGAGAUGGAGAGUUGUGGGAUUAAGAAGGAUGUUGUAACAUAUAAUGCACUUCUAGGUGGAUAUGGGAAGCAAGCAAAGUAUGAUGAAGUUAGAAAAAUGUUUGAAGAGAUGAAAGCAGAUCAUGUAUUUCCUAAUUUGUUAACUUAUUCAACAUUGAUUGAUGUGUUCUCAAAAGGUGGUUUGUAUAGGGAAGCAAUGGAGGUCUUUAGAGAGUUUAAGCAGGCAGGGUUGAAAGCUGAUGUUGUUCUUUAUAGUGCACUUAUUGAUGCCCUAUGCAAAAAUGGUUUGGUGGAGUCUGCUGUCUCUUUGCUUGAUGAGAUGACAAAGGAAGGGAUUAGGCCCAAUGUUGUUACUUAUAAUUCCAUUAUUGAUGCUUUUGGUCGGUCUGCAGCUGCAGAAUGUCCAGUUGAUACUGCUGCUUUAGCUGGUGAGUGGCAUAUUGAAUCUUCAUCACCAAUGGUUAUUGAGGACGCUACUGAAUUGGAGGUGGUAAAUAGGGAGGAUAAUCAAAUCAUGAAGAUGUUUGGGCAGCUUGCUGCUGAGAAAGCAGGUCACAUAAAGAAAGAUAAGUGGGUUAGGCAGGAAAUAGUGUGCAUCUUGGGAGUCUUUCAGAAGAUGCACGAGCUAGAAAUUAAGCCAAAUGUUGUAACCUUUUCAGCCAUAUUAAAUGCUUGCAGUCGGUGUAAUUCAUUUGAAGAUGCCUCAAUGUUAUUGGAGGAACUCCGGUUGUUUGAUAAUCAGGUCUAUGGUGUGGCCCAUGGACUUCUUAUGGGCUACAGGGAAAAUGUAUGGGUUCAAGCCCAAUCUUUGUUCGAUGAAGUAAAGCUUAUGGACUCCUCAACUGCAUCUGCUUUUUAUAAUGCUCUGACUGACAUGCUAUGGCACUUCGGUCAGAAAAAAGGGGCACAACUGGUUGUGCUUGAAGGCAAGCGCCGAAAUGUAUGGGAGAGUGUUUGGUCUGAUUCUUGCUUAGAUUUGCAUCUGAUGUCUUCUGGGGCAGCACGGGCAAUGGUUCAUGCAUGGCUGCUCAACAUACGCUCUGUUGUGUUUGAAGGCCGUGAAUUGCCAAAGCUAUUAAGCAUUUUGACAGGAUGGGGCAAACAUAGCAAAGUAGUUGGUGAUGGCACACUAAGACGGGCUAUUGAGGCACUUCUCACUGGCAUGGGUGCCCCCUUUCGGGUUGCCAAUUGUAAUAUAGGUAGGUUUAUAUCAACAGGUUCUGUGGUGGCUGCCUGGUUAAAGGAGUCUGGCACUUUGAAGGUGCUUGUUCUUCAUGAUGACAGAAUUCAUCCUGAAGGUGCUAAGUUGGAUCAGAUUGCCAAUUUGCAAGCACUCCCCUUGUAGUCAUCCUGCUUUUUUGUAAGCUUCAAAACAUGCUUAUACACUGUAAUAUGUAUAAAUUAUCAGAAGAAAAUCACAUUGCAAUCUCUGUCUCCUGUUAGUAGCUUUAUAUUUAUAUUUUUGUUAAGUUAUGCAAUUAUUUGUAUCAAAACAUACUCUUAAGGGGGCAAAUUAGAAUUCAUUCAUUGAACAA